AUGUCCAUAAGAACACCUUAUGAACGUUUACGUACAUUUUGCUCACAGUUAGCAAAAUAUAUUCCAGAAAUUCAAUUACAACCACCACAUACAAUUAAAAAUUACGGAAAUUGUCCAUAUUUCUAUAAAUUUCAUCUUGGCACAAAGGACUUAGUUGAAAAGUUCAAUGGUGAUAUAUUACCAUCGUCUAAUAAUACUUAUAGACUGUCAAAUGUACCAAGAGAAUCGAUUGGCACACAUUCAGAUGAGAUGAAAUUACAAGAUUUUCAGUGGUUAAUGAAUAAAAAGUUAACAUGUGUUUUAUUAUGGCUUGGUGUAAUCAUUUUAAUUGUUGGAGUAAUUGCAUUACAGAUUGCUAGUUUUUUCUUACAUAAACGACAAGAUAUAUUAUCAAUCGGGGUUGGGUGUUUAAGCUCUGGUCUUUGGCUCCUCUCUGUCACAUUAUUCACUUUUCUUCAUGCUCAUGUUUUUAUUUAUGAAAUACCUGAUGAUAAUAUCGAUGAACACCAAGAUGUGGUAACUAGGAGAAAAGAGAUAAUGUCAGUUCUCGUUGAAAAUCCAUCGAAUACGUUUUAAUUUCAAUGUGAAUGACUUUUCUUAAACGUUAACGCUAACACUAAAAUAAAUCCUAUACAAUCAAUUAGACUGAGUUUAUCCAGAAUGUUUCCAACGUUUAACUAGUGUAUUGUGUUCAACAGCAAAAUCUAUUAUUUUUCGUUACCUUAAUAAGUGAUUACUGAAUAAUAAAGUGUAAUUUUCAUUAAAGAUUUCAUCUGACAUACUGGUCAGUUCGACAUUAGACGACAUGUUCAUACCAGACAUUUUCAGAUAAUUCAACAUGCUUGAAAUGAAAUCGUUGAUGAAAAUUAUCGUCUAAUAUCUAUCAGUCAUUUACUGAAUAAAUGAGGAAAUGAUUGAAAAUACUCAAGAAACACUAGAAACAUUAAGGAUAACCUCAGGUGAUCAAUUAACAUAAAACUAAAUCGUUUGAUUAUAACUUUGUUAAAAUUUAUUCACUUUUUUUUUACUUAUCAUAAUCCAUUCACUUGAUGAAUGAGAACGAACUUCUUUUUGUUUCUAUUUAUUAAACUGUAAUUUACUUCUUUUCAAUGAAAAAUAUUUCUGAUUCAUAUUUCCUCUCUUUUUUUCUACAAAUUUUUCAUCUAACCGAAAAACAAGAAAAAAAAGAUAUUUGUAUCUUUAAAACAUGAAAUUAAUACAAAAUAAUUCUAUUUAUUGAUUUAUCCUUUUAAAUGGACAAUAAAAUUAACUGUCCUAAGUAAACUAUAAACACCGACUUUUCUUUUGCAUACAAACUCGUUUCCAUCGCUUGAAUUUUACUGAAUAUAUAUUGACUUAUCUAUUAAAG